AAGAAAGAAGAAGAAACUGAGGAGAAAAAAACAAACAGAGCACUAAACUAAACUAACAAGCACCUCCCUCUUCUACAGUUCUUCUUCUUCUUCUCUUUGCUUCACAACUUUUCCUUUCAUCCCUUUUGUUCUCUAGAUCUAUAAACUCAUCCCUUCUUCUAUUUUCCCGAUUUUCCCUGUCUUUACAGAUUGUUUUUAUUAUGCAUGCACUGGAAGAAUGGAGCUGCUGAAGGAGUUUUGUUAUUCUGAUUAGCAGCUGAACCAAUUUAUAGUGUGUGAAAUGGAAGUAUGUUUUAUGGACUGGAGCGGUUAAAGUGAAGACUGCCUCAAAUUGUAUCAUCUCCUUUUGGUUAUUGAUAAUAAUGGACAUGAAUCAUUUAACUGUUGAAACUGAAGAUGUUUUGGCCAGUGUGCUUGAGCUUGCUGCCAACAAUGACAUGGAUGGCUUCAAAAGAUGGGUGGAACCGGACCCAACUAGCGUUGAUGAAGUUGGGUUGUGGUAUGGCCGCCAAAAGGGCUCAAAGCAAAUGGUUCUUGAGGAAAGGACUCCUUUGAUGGUUGCUGCUACAUAUGGCAGCAUCGAUGUUUUGGAACUGAUUCUAUCUCUGCCUGAAAUAGAUGUUAAUCGGUCUUGUGGUCUUGACAAGAGCACCGCACUUCACUGUGCUGCCUCUGGUGGAUCCAUAAAGGCCGUUGAUGCUGUGAAAUUGCUUUUAGCUGCUGGUGCUGAUCCAAACUUGAUGGACAUCAAUGGUCAUCGACCUAUUGAUGUCAUUAUUGUCUGUCCUAAGUUCCAGGAAAGGAAACUUCUACUUGAAAAGCUUCUCAGUACUGAAGCUUCACUUGGUGACCACAGACUCAGGGUGUCAACAACUACUUCAAAUUCGAAUUCCAAUUCACCGCCUCUUUCUCCAUCCCCUGGUAAUGGAUCUCCAUCAUCUCAUUCAGAUUCAACUUCUUCUCCAAAGAUUAGCGAUCUUCCUGCCUCAUCCAUGUCAGAGAAGAAAGAGUACCCUGUUGAUCCAUCCUUGCCUGACAUUAAGAACAGCAUCUAUUCAACAGAUGAGUUCAGAAUGUAUUCAUUUAAGGUUCGACCCUGCUCUCGUGCCUAUUCACAUGAUUGGACAGAGUGCCCAUUUGUCCAUCCUGGUGAAAAUGCUCGAAGAAGGGACCCGAGAAAGUUCCACUACAGCUGCGUUCCUUGCCCAGAUUUUCGCAAGGGAACUUGUCGAAGGGGGGAUAUGUGUGAAUAUGCUCAUGGGGUUUUCGAGUGCUGGCUUCACCCUGCACAGUAUAGGACUCGGCUUUGUAAAGAUGGUACAAGUUGCAAUAGAAGAGUUUGCUUCUUUGCCCACACACAAGAGGAGAUGCGCCCCUUGUAUGUGUCUACUGGUUCUGCUGUUCCGUCUCCUCGCACGGGCCCCUCCAGCACUAAUGCUGUGGAUUUUGCUGGAAUGAACUUCUUACCAGGUUCUCCUUCAUCAGUUACGAUGAUGUCUCCAUCUCCAUUCACCCCACCCAUGUCUCCUUCCACCAAUGGCAUUGCGAACAUGGGAUGGGCACAGCCAAAUGCCCCGGCGUUGCAUCUCCCUGGAAGCAAUCUUCAGUCCAGUCGCUUGAGAUCAUCAUUCAAUGCCAGAGACAUCCCUACUGAGGACUUAAACAUGUUGUCAGAGUUCGAUGUUCAACAGCAGCAGUUCCUUGAUGAAAUCUCUCGUAUUUCUCAACCAAAUAUCAACUCAAGUUCUUUAAACCGAACUUCUCGUCCAAAAACCAUGACACCGUCAAAUCUUGAAGACCUAUUUAAUGUGGAGGGCUUAUCUCCUAGAUACUCUGAUCAGGCAUUAGCUUCUGCUGUUUUUUCCCCUACUCAUAAGUCUGCGGUUCUUAAUCAGUUUCAGCAGCAGCAGCAGAGCAUGUUGUCUCCAAUCAACACUAACUUUUCACCCAAAAGUGUUGAUCACUCUCUAUUGCAGGCUUCUUUUGGAGUUUCAUCAUCAGGGAGGAUGUCUCCCCGAAGCAUGGACCCCAUCUCACCUAUGAGUUCCAGGGUUUCAAUGCUCGCCCAGCGUGAGCAGCAGCAGCAGCAGCAGCCGCAGCAACAGUUCCGGAGUCUUAGCUCGCGCGAUCUUGGCUCCAGUUCAGCUGCAGUAGUUGGAUCUCCAGCUGAUACUUGGUCUAAUUGGGGUUCGUCCAUGGGGAAGCCUGACUGGGCUGUCAGCACCGAGUUUGGUAGGCUUAAGAGAUCAUCAUCAUUUGAGCUUGGAAAUGAGGAGCCAGAUUUAUCAUGGGUUCAGUCCCUUGUCAGAGACUCUCCACAAGAGAUGAAGGAAAAGUCUGUACAGUAUGUUGCUGGUGCUGCUACUUCAGCUGAGGGCGCAAAUUUAGAUCACCAAAUUGAUCAAAUGGAUCCUUCUGCUUUGACUGCAUUGCUUGAUCAAAUGCAGCUUGACCAUCUCAUUGCUCAGUAAGAUAAAAAAAGUUUAUCUUUGCUGGUCUUGAGGUUUUGAAAGUCGCAAGGUUUUGGUAAAUACAGCAAGUUUUCAAUUUUUUUGGUUUUUGUUGCCGAUGGCUUUUGGAAGAUGGUAAUUGCAUCCUAAAAAGGUCCAAGGUGAAAAGGUCCAAAAUUGUGGAGGAAAACCAUUUUUCUUUAUUCUAGUCUCAUUUCAAGAAGAUUUUAGAAGGAUGAGGAAAGAUUGGGUUUACUUGAGUAAGCAGGCCCUGUUUAGGUUAUUACUCUCCUAAUUACCAAUAUUUUUGCAUUAUUAGGUUCAUUUGUCAUUGUUUCUUUCUCUUUAUCCAUCGCCAUAAUGUUUCUUUGAAGUGGAGCUACUGAUGCUUGGAUAAUCGUUAUGGCGAUGCGGUUGUUACUUUGAGGAGUUCAUAAUUUGUUCAUUGGUUAACAUCCAUAUUCUUUAGGGGGUAAAGAAAAGGAGCAUGUUGCUGAUGCAGAUAAUUUCUGUGGACUCUGAUGUUGGAACUCCAAAAUAAUACCAUACAGUUGUCAGAAUUGCAGAGUAGAGGAGAUGAAAGGACUACCUAUAGUUUUAUAUAUGUAAAGCAUGUAACUUUUACUGUUAUUGGUACCAUUUAUUACUCUUGAUUCUAUGCAUGUGUUCUUUCUUCCUUUAAUGCUAGUUGCAUUUUUA